CGAGGAAGUGGUGAGUGAGGAAGUGAUGAGAAGUGCGGUGCUAGUGGUCGUAGGUGUGCUGUGUCUGACAGCGGCGGCUGCUGAAGGCGUGCAGCAACAGGAUGAGCAAUCCAAGACUGCUGCCGCUGCUGAAGGAGUGCAGCAGCAGCAGGAGCAACAGUUAAAACCUGCAGAGGCUGCUGAAGGUGUGCAGCAACAGCUUGCUGUGGCAGCAAGCAGUACAUACACUAAACCUCCAGAUGGGAUCAGUGAUCAGGAACGAUUUAUCUUCGGGAGGUACUCGACGACCACCUACACUGACGUAGUGAUGGUCACUUCCACAGUGUUCUUCUCCUGCCUGUCAGGCUCCAGCACAGUUUUGUGUAGGGGGCGGCGCAGGAAGAGGAGCUCCAGUGGCCUUUCGACAGUGAAUGACGAAAAUAUUAAAAACAGCAAUUUAGGAGACAUCCUGGAGAGUAGCCAAGAUGACUCUACCCCGGCCAGCACAACGACCGACUCGAUCCCACAGGAUAAGGAGACUCCAGAGAGCGACAAGUUCUUCAUUAAUGUGUGGACGACUACCCAUUCCACCACUACUGUCACGAUGCUCUACACGAACACCAGCACCACCAUCCGCCUCUCUUACUUCUGCCAGGCUGGACAACUGCAGCUUCCCACCUUCAGAUGUGUUGGGUAAUGGCGACGGUCUUGAUGAGGAACUGGCAAGAGCAAGGUUGUGGUUGAGUGUUUUAAUCCAGCGGCCAUUGACUUGUCGAUUUCAAACUUUCUAGAUAAUGUACACGAGGAACUGAGUCCAAACAAAUAAAAUUUAAGGAGCUAUGCAUGUUUUG